UGUUCUGUAUACGCCUUCGGUACUUUUACUCAUGCAUUGCCACUUGUUUAAGAGGGGCUUGGUCGAGUUGUGUUAGUGUUCUGUGUGAGGGCCUGCCUAAAAGGCGCCUACUGUUCGUGUGUGAUAUUUGCUGAUACAGGACACUCCUUGCAUACAGAUAAAGAUGUGGUCCCGAUCAAUAUUAGCAUUCGCCUGCAUCGCGGCGGCGAGCGCUUCACUCGAAGUAGUGAACCAAUGGAGUUUCCUCCAAUUCGACUUCCCACCAGACCCAGUGCUGUUGGAGAAGUUUCAGCCGGAAAACACCGUCCCCACCGGCUUGGAGAUCGGAUGGGAUAGAGUGUAUUUAGGAAUACCGCGACUACGCGCUGGUGUACCAGCCACCUUAGCGUGGGUACCACGCUCUUUGCCACCUGGUGUCAGUCCAGUUUUACAGGCGUACCCUGACUGGUCAUGGCAUACAGCUGGAAGAGGAGACAUUAAUUGCACGGGUCUGAUCUCCGUAUACCGUGUAAGAGCUGACCGUUGCAAUCGCCUUUGGGUUCUGGAUGCUGGAGUAGUCACCAGUAUUGAUGACUUCCGUCGCGUAUGCCCGCCAAAGAUACUCGUAUUCGAUAUGGCAACCGAUCGUCUGGUAAGAAGUAUCUACUUCCCACGGGAGCUUCUACGACCAGCGUCUCUCCUUACCAACAUUGUGCUUGAUGACACCAGGUCGAACGCCCACCAUGCAGCUAAUUGCGACAACAUCUUCGCCUACAUCAGUGACACGGUUGCUCCUGGUAUAAUCGUAUACGACGGUCGCCGUGACAACGCUUGGCGCGUCACCCACGCCUCUAUGUACCCAGACCCUGACAUGGGAGAAUACGACAUCGGUGGAGACAAGUUCACUCUUAUGGACGGCAUUGUUGGCUUAACCCAUUCACCGGCCCAAGGUCUACUAUAUUAUCAGCCCUUGGCUACUGACAGAAUUUUCAGCGUGUCAACAGCAGUAUUGGCUUCCGGUCCGCCAGCGGAAGGUGCUGAUCUGCCAGUCAAUCUAGUCGGUCGCAAGUCCUCUCAGGGUCUUGGUAUUGCCGUGGACCCAAGGGAUGACACCAUAUUCUUCAGCCCCAUGACAGAAACUGCUGUCGCCGCCUGGAAUCCCAUCACCAACUCACACAGAGUUUUAGCCCAAGACGCUGAGAAAUUGCAGUUCUGUGCCGAAGUAAGAUGGGCGGAACGUGACAACGGCGCUAUUUGGGUGCUCUCAACCAGAUUCCACAAGUUCUUCAAGAGAUCUGUCUCUAAGCAUGAGAUCAAUGUACGCGUAUUGCGUAUAGUCGAGGGCGGGUACGGCGGCUACUUGUCUCAACCUCACAUACAACGUCGCUCAACAGCUAACCUUACCUCUAACUUCUAACUUACUAAAACAGACGACAGACUAUACCCGUAUUCAUAGAAAUUGUAAUCUAAACCACUCUUUUGUCUCUUUCUGUCACAUUGUAUAUACUCUAUGAUGAAAAGAGACAGUUGAAUACUUUAAAACGGUGUCAUCGAUUGUUUCUUCUAUGAAUAAGGGUAUAUAAUGUAUUUAUUGAUAGAUUAAACCAAAUAAGUCCAUAUUAAACUGACAGCAGACAAUUUUGAAUUUUUGAACUAAAGACUGGGCGACCCGAUAAAAAAAUAUUUUAACUAUUCUAUUACGUUAACUAUACGACUCUUCGUAUUACGUUAAAAGAUAUAAAAUUGGUAAUAAAACUAUGAAUAAAUAAGUCUGUCAUCUUUUAGUUAGAUUAAACUCUUACAGUGUCGUCGAUUAAUCUUAUAUGGUUGGUCUCAAAUAGUAAGAAUUAUCUUAAUUCAUAUAUCCAAAUAAAUUGCGAUUUAAAAAGUAAAAGUACCAACAGGUACCAAUAAUGUACAGUACAUACAGUAUAUAUAUAUAUAAACCGUGUAUGACAAAUCGCGAGGUUCUGAGAAUUGAGAUAUACUUUUAAGAUCUGUUUAAUAAAAAAUAUUUUGGCCAAUAUUAUGUAAUUUGGUAAAAAAAAGAUUCUAUUUUCUUGGCCUGUGAAUAAUCUAAUUAAAUAAAAAAAAGAGGAAAUAGAGAAUUUUUCGUACCGCCAAAAAUAUUUUACCAGUCAUUAGAGCCUGUUUCCAUAUAAAUACUAGUUGAAUAUAUUUCGAAGCAGAAAUAAGUUUUAGAAAAAUAUAUCGCUAGUACUAGAGUCACAAAAGAUUCUCAUAGAAAAUUAUACGACUCGUUCGAAAAUACUAGUAGAAAACGAUAUGGAAACUGGUCGUUAUUUUAGAGUCGACGACAAUUUACCGUAAUUCCUUUAACUAUAAAAUAUUUUAAUGCCUCUUAGAUAAUUAGAAAUCAAACGGCAAAAUAAUUAAAAAACAAAAAAUUAAUACAAUUGUGCGAAAAAAAAUUCAAUCAUUAUAUAGUCAUAUAUGUCCGAGGCGCCCUAUUUUAAGUUAUUUAACAGUAUGUUUGUGCGUAUGUAUUACUUGAAACAGAAGCCAGUUUUUAAACAUUUGCUAGUAUGAGAUGAAUAUUAAACCCGCCAUGUCUACUCAUUACUAAGCUCUAGAAAAAUAAACACAUUUAAAUAUCGUGUUAAGUUAUAAAUUUUGUUUGUAACACGUGCCAUUCUUCCAUUAAAAUGCGAAAAAGUACUGUCAGCAAACACGGCCAUUUACAACAAAAAUUUAAUUUAUUGUUUUAAUGAAUAUUUGCUUUCAAAACUUGAAUUUCAAGUGACAAUCUUCAUAUAUCACUUGUGGCUUACGAUGGGAUGUUUAUUAGAAAUAUUUGAAACGAGUAAUUUUUACUGUGGUAGUAAUAAACUAUUACCACAAUAGUAAACUGUAUAUAAAUACGUACUUAGCGGAUGAAAGGAAAUAUUAAAAUAACGGCUAUCAUAAUGCGCUGGAUGCUCACAUAUUUCACAAAUAAACAGUCAUAUACAUUAUAAAUUUAAUUGAAACAUUUUAUCGACACCCAUCUACAAAAUCUGGUCUCAUUCGUUCCGUGCGUAUGUGUGCGCCGUGUAGCAGUACGCUUUGUGAUUUGCUGUUGGAUGCCCGCUUCACUUGUAAUAUACAUAUUUUUGAAUCCUAAACAUUAAAUCAGUGAAUUAUUUUUAUAUAGGAGUAUAAAGCGUACCGCAUGAUAAAUACUACUUCAGACAAGAAAUCCCGUAUCUGCUGGAAUUUCUAUGUUAAGAUAUUGCAAGCCAAAAUCGUGACAAAUGAAACGGUCUUUAAAAAAAGCUCUCUAGCGUUUUGAAAGCUAGGGGAUAAAAAAGUUAACAAUUAU